AUGCUUGGCUUGAGUGAGGCGAUGCUACUGGGCAAAAGGCUCGGAGUUGACCCGCAAGUACUGGCCGACAUCAUCAACAACUCCACAGGGCGUUGCUGGUCUAGUGAAGUGGAUCUUCCAACAAUCAAUCAUCCAGUCCCUGAGGUCAAGGCCGGAGACUCUAGCCCUCCGGCCCACCGGAACUACGAGGGCGGCUUCGUUACUAAGUUGGCUCACAAGGACCUUGCUCUUGCUGUUUCAGCUGCCGAAGAGGCGAGUGUGCCUCUUGCGGUGGGACGGUGCGUUGAGGAGACGUAUCGACCACUGGCUAGAUCCAAGGAGUUCGGAGACCGUGACUUCAGUGUGAUCUACGAGGCUCUUGAUUCUCUUGGCUCGGCUGCGCGGAGCUCCAAGCUGUAG